GCAAGGGGAGGGGAGAGGCGGCAGCCAGAACUCACUGAGGCGGGGGGCCGCCAUUUUACCGGGAGGGGCCGCGGCGCCUCCCGUUCCCGGCGGCCAAGGGUGAAGCGCCUCAGCCUCUGGCUAGAUCCCGGGAGGGGCCGGGCUCCCGUCCUUUCCCUCUGCUCGGCUGCGCUUCCGGGAACAGGGAGGCGGCGGCCGGCGGGCAGGCCAAGUCAUUCUGCUGGCUUCUCCCAGCCUGGCUGGCAGGUUUAAAACCCAGCAAGCACACAUAGAAGCAAGGUGCAGCUAUCACUGAAGGUCUGCAGACUUACAGAAGGCUCGGAAGCAUGGAAAGCCUCUGUGCAGCCAACAGCACUUUUGCUGUGGAGCUGUUAAGAAUGCUGUGUGAGAAGAAAAGUGGGCAGAAUGUGUUCUUUUCACCAUUUAGUAUUUCUUCUGCUUUGUCUAUGGUUUUGCUGGGUUCAAGAGGUAGCACUGAAGCCCAGAUAAGCAAGGUGCUUUCUCUGGAGAACGCCCAGGAUGCUCACAAUGGGUAUCAAUCCCUUCUCUCUGAAAUCAAUGAUCCAAACAGCAAAUACAUCCUGAGAACUGCAAACCGGCUCUAUGGAGAAAAGACCUUUGAGUUUCUUCCCUCAUUUACAGAGUCCAGUCAGAAAUCCUACCAUGCUGGCCUGGAACAGAUGGACUUCCUACAUGCUUGGGAGGAUGCCAGGAAACAAAUCAAUGGCUGGGUAGAGAAAAGGACUGAAGGUAAAAUUCAGAACCUGUUGGCAGAGGGAAUUCUGAAUUCCCUGACCAGGCUUGUGUUGGUGAAUGCCAUCUAUUUCAAAGGCAAUUGGGAAGAGCAGUUCAACAAACAGAGUACCACAGAAAGGCCAUUCCAAAUUAAUAAGAAUGAAACCAGACCUGUGCAGAUGAUGUUCAAGGAGGCAGAUUUUAACAUGACCUACAUUGGAGACUUCCAGACCAAAAUCCUUGAGCUCCCCUAUGUGGGUAAUGAACUGAGCAUGAUCAUCCUGCUCCCUGAUGCAAUCCAGGAUGGAUCCACAGGCCUGGAAAGACUGGAAAGAGAACUUACAUAUGAGAAGCUAAUAGAUUGGAUCAAUCCUGAAAUGAUGGACUCUACAAAAGUGAGGGUGUCUUUACCCAGAUUUAAACUGGAAGAAAAUUAUGAUCUGAAACCACUUCUGAGCAACAUGGGAAUGCCUGAUGCAUUUGAUUUGGGCAAGGCAGACUUCUCAGGAAUCUCAUCUGGUAAUGAGCUGGUGCUCUCUGAAGCGAUUCACAAAUCCUUUGUGGAAGUCAACGAAGAAGGCACUGAAGCAGCUGCUGCCACAGCUGCAGUGAUGAUGAUGCGCUGUGCUAUGAGAGUUCCAGAAUUCACUGCUGAUCAUCCUUUCCUCUUCUUCAUCCGGCACAACAAAACUUCCAGCAUUUUGUUCUGUGGCAGAUUUUGCAGUCCUUAAGGAGGAGAUGUCUUGGCUGCAUAGGUACCAUCACACAAUAAAUUUAUAUUUCCCUAGAACAAGGUGAUUCCUUUUGCACUAAUUGUCUCUUUCAGCUGUGCCUGCACCUUCUUCUGUGAUCUUGAUCUUGGGCUUGGCAGGAAUAAGAGAGCUGCUUAGACAAACAGAGCACCUGCCAUGUCCAACCCCUCCUGUGCCUGUGUGCAGAGGUCUCCAGGUUCUGGCUGACACAAGAACCAUGCCACUUGCUCUCUCAGUGAUUCUUCUGUGCUUGACUUCAUUUUGAUGUCCAGCAGGCAGAGUCAGGCAGUGAGAGCCCAUGGUAGUGAAGUUGUUAAUUUUGCUUGUGACAAGGCUGGAGCACUUUUGUAGCUGCCCUCCCCUUUUACCUUCCAGUCACAUCCAUUGAGUGCCUUGAUUCAUUGCCUGGAGCUGAAAGGAGUUUUAGGCAGCCUGUUCCAGAUAUUCCUGAACAUCCUGUAUAGAUGGGGUUUUGGCUAACAACUGGACAGGCAGUAAGGCAAGAAUGGGAAUGAAGUAUGCUUUUGUCCCUGUGCGGUAUUUGUGCUGAGAAUACUUUGUUUCAUCACUCCAGAACACCUGUGUUUAUUCCCUGUAACCUGGUUCUGGUCCUUUAACAAAGAAUGUAAAAGAAGGGCACAUAGUGCCUAUGCAAUAUUUGAAUGACAAAACCUUAAUUGUAAUUUUUUUGGGUUUUUUUUUUGUUUGUUUGUUUAGGGGUUUUUUUGCUACUGCUAUAUGUUUAUUCUAAUAAUAUCUUCUUAGACACCAUAAUUUACCUGUUUAAUACCAGACAGAGAUGCAAGAGCGUUUCUUCUAUUGGGAUGUAUUUUGUGGGUCCUGUUCCUGGAAUAAUAAAAGAAGUGC